GGUCCGCAACACACUCUGUAUAUACCGGCGCCGCUCUUGAAGUCAGGCCUAAACCAUAUCUCAGUGUUUGAAUUGCAUUCACCCAAAGAUGGCAUUCAAUUCACUGAUACUCCAGACUUGGCAUUUAUGACGAUCGCCGGUAAACGGCUUAAGACUUACGACCACUUCCCGGCCAUUGCGGGUCACCAAAAGAAU